AUGUCUUUGAAGGUUCCAUUUUAUAUCGCGUGUAGCAAUUUCUUAUUAUUAACAGAUGUAUUUCCACAAGUUUAUCAUUUGACAAUUUAUCGUGACAUUUGGCCAGGAUUUGCAUGUGAAGUUUUUGGAGCGUUUAUAUUCUUAUUUAUGCUUUUGAAUAUUCUAUUGGUGGUCGCGGUUUCAAUAAACACUUAUAUAAGAAUAUGUUUAGAGAAAAAUCCAAGUUUAGGAAGAUAUGAUUGGAAAUUAUUAUUAACAGUAUUGAUAAUAAGUCUAGCUAUUGCAGCCACAGGUGGUAAUGCAAUUUCUACAACCAUCAUCUUGGUAUUAGCCUUACUCAUAUCAUCAUUUUGCUAUGGAUGCAUAAUUUAUAAAAUUAAUAGUAUAGAUCAAAGAUUAUUAAAUGGUCAAAGACAAAUAACAAUACGUGCGCAUGUAUCUAAAAAAAUAGCUGGCUACAUUUUAAUUUUUAUUCUUCAAUGGAUUCCUACAUUACCAAGAUAUCUUUAUAAAAUAUAUUCGCCAGAUGCACCAACCUGGCUUUUUAUUUUAAUAAUUAUAUCUGUAAAUACUGGUGGUAUCGGAAAUGCUUGCCUCUACCACCAUCAAGAAGCAUUUAAAGACAUAACCAAUUCUUCAUCAAUGGAAGGUUCAGAUACUACUAAUAAUAUUGUGGGAGAAUCACCACCACGUAUUUUUACACCACAAUUUACUACAACGUCAGGUGCCUUGGAUAUAUUCAUUUUACGUAGUGCAUUUUUAGAUAUGGUUCCGUCACUAUUAAUAAUCUCAAUCGGAUCCAUGGAUUCUUUGGAACCUCUUUUUCGAUUGUAUGGCCAUGGUAAAAAAGUUCGUGUAAAAUGCAAUCCAACAGACACAGUUGGUGAAUUAAAGAAAUUAAUUUCAGCUCAAACUGGCACUGAUCCUUCAAGAAUUAUUUUAAAAAAAUGGUAUACAACUUUUAAAAAUCAUAUCACAUUGGAAGAUUAUGAAAUUAAUGAUGGAAUGAAUCUUGAAUUGUAUUAUUCAUAA